AUGCCUUUCUCCUUCGUGCCUCCCUUUUGGCACUUCCGCCACCCUUCAAUCCUCAUCGUUCAAUCCCACCCAGAAAUUGCAACUUCAUUGGCGCAGGAAGAAAUCAUGGCAGCAAACGUCUUCCGAGAGGCUACAGCUUUUGCAAUUGAAAUCGGCCGCCAGUCUCGGGUCACGGCGAUUUUCCAGACGAGAAAUGUCAUUGUCCGCGCCAACAUCACCAGUCCGGAUAUGGCCGAAGCCACGAAGAACAUUGUUGACAUUGCCGCGAGAGUCGACCUGGAGAACGUGGCAUCGGGCCUUCUCCAUCGCUGCCUUGUCCUCGGCGGCGGCAUGAUUCUUGCCGCGAUUCUUGCCGGCUGUGCCAUGACUGUCUGGUUCACUGGUGGCCGUGAGCUGCUCCGAAACCUUACCACUCCGCGCGAGGGAUAA